AUGAGAUUGCACGCCAGCACUGUGCCUGUUCUCAGGACCAAGAACAUCCCCUUCGGCAAGUUACCGGCUCGAAAGCCUCUAAAGGAGAGCGUUGGCCGCUUCGAGGUAGAUGGACGCGAGGGAGAUCACUUGCCAGACAGGUCUUUGGCAAGGAGUUGCCCGGUCUUGGCCACAAGGCCAAGGUUACAUAGCCCCGACCUCUCCAAGUACUCGGAAAGACCGUCCAUCAUCGGGAAGAAGAAGCCAUGGCACAAUGUCAGUGACCCGGAGGCCGACCGCAUUGUUUGGGAUCAUGAGAUGAGCUUCAACAUCAUGGAGGCGGAGAAGGCCCGCUGGAAGUCAAGAGGGCCUCCUCCAGAGGACUUCAACAAGUCGCUCACAAGGCAGCAGCAUCUGCGCGCGAUGCGAACCUACGGCCAGGACGUGUCCCUCACGAGGGCCAGAGAGAACCUUCAUGGUCCGGUGAGCGUGGAGCUGCAGUCGGACAUCGAUAGCAGCCCCAUUCUCAAGCCGCGGUUAUGGUCUCCAAGAUUCGAUUACAUGGUGCCCUCCUCAAGCUCCAGCUGA